AUGCUAUUGUCUGUAAAAUCACAGGAAAUCUGCAUAUCUAUCUGUUUGCUCUAUCACUUCUCUCUUUCUUUCUCUUUUCUUUUUGUAAUUGCUACUACCGCCAUUUUUCAUCGUCUUUCUUCUUUUUUUUUCUUACCUUAUUUUUCCCUCUUCUCUUCAGUUCUCUAUAAGAUAUAUUUCUCACUCCUACUCUCCCCCUUCCCUUUCUCUCGCAUCUGUCUCACACCCUCUACCUCACUCUUUCACUCCGCUCUCUUCCCUACUUUUUCUUCUUCUCCCCCUUCUCUCUCUUUCUUUCUCGAUCAUCUGUGCCGGGAAGUGGACUCUUUCUCUCUUCCCUUCUUUCUCCCCCCUUCUCUCUCUCUCUCUCCCCGCACUCUCUCUCUCUCUCUCUCUGGGAGUAUCUAUUUCCUCUCCCUCUCUCUCUCUCUCUCUCUCUCUCUCUCUCUGGGAGUAUGCUCGUGGCACUUAGGCCCACCUCACUUCUUCUUCUUCUUCUUCUUCUUCUUAACGCCAAGUGACUGCUAUCGACUCUCAGCUAGUUCUUCGUUCGAGUAUGAUGCCUUCUUAGUAACAAAUAAAAAAGUUUACUUUCUCUCCUCUCUCUCUCCCUGCUGUGCACCAUUGACCUUUUCAUCGGUGCUUUCUAUUUUCUCAGAAUAA